UAACUUUCAUGAACGCUAAUGGACCUUUUCGACUUUCAGCCCAAAAAGAAACAAAACAUUUUGCCCGUGUGAUUUCGAGUUUCGACGUAGAAGACUCGAUCUGCCCUUCAAAUUCCCGCCACUGUUCCGCCGGUGUUACCGGAACUCCACGGUACCUGAAUUCAUCUGGCGACCGAUUUAUCCUGCCGGGUUUAACAAGGUCAAACUCUAGUGACAUGGGUGAUUCGUCAAGGGAGGAUAAUAGCAACACGGUUCGCAUUCUUGUUGCCACUGAUUGUCAUUUGGGAUAUAUGGAAAAAGACGAGAUUCGUCGGCACGACUCAUUUAAAGCAUUUGAAGAAAUUUGCUCCAUUGCAGAGCAGAAAAAUGUGGACUUCGUACUACUUGGUGGUGAUCUUUUUCAUGAAAACAAGCCAUCGAGGACGACAUUAGUGAAAACGAUAGAGAUCCUACGUCGAUAUUGUCUUAACGAUAAGCCAGUGCAAUUCCAAGUUGUCAGUGAUCAGACUAUAAACUUUGCAAAUGUGUUUGGUCAUGUAAACUAUGAAGAUCCUCAUUUCAACGUUGGUUUGCCAGUGUUCAGUAUUCACGGAAAUCAUGAUGACCCUGCUGGAGUGGAUAACCUUUCUGCAGUCGAUAUCCUUUCAGCAUGCAAUCUUGUAAACUAUUUUGGAAAAAUGGUUCUUGGAGGUUCUGGAGUCGGGCAGAUCACUCUCUACCCGAUUCUUGUAAAAAAGGGUUCAACUUCGGUUGCUCUGUACGGCCUUGGAAAUAUCAGAGAUGAACGUCUGAAUAGAAUGUUUCAGACUCCACAUGCUGUACAGUGGAUGCGUCCUGAACCUCAAGAAGAUUGUCAAGUGUCCGACUGGUUCAACAUUCUAGUACUUCAUCAGAACAGAGUGAAGACAAAUCCUAAGAAUGCGAUAAAUGAGCAUUUUCUACCUCGGUUUCUGGACUUUAUAGUUUGGGGGCAUGAACAUGAAUGUCUUGUUGAUCCUCAGGAAGUUCCAGGUAUGGGUUUCCACAUCACUCAACCGGGCUCUUCUGUCGCAACAUCACUUAUCGAUGGAGAAUCAAAACCAAAGCAUGUGCUUCUCGUAGAAAUUAAGGGAAAUCAAUAUCGGCCAACCAAGAUACCGCUACAUUCUGUAAGGCCUUUUGAAUAUAAAGAGGUGGUGUUAAAGGACGAACCUGACAUUGACCCAAAUGAUCAAAACUCGAUUCUUGAGCAUUUGGACAAUGAGGUAAACAGUUUAAUAGAAAAGUGUAGCCGAAGGGAUGCUAGAAAGUCAGAGCCAAUGCUUCCACUUAUCCGUUUAAAGGUUGAUUAUUCUGGAUUCAUGACCAUUAAUCCUCAAAGAUUUGGUCAAAAAUAUGUGGGCAAGGUUGCUAAUCCCCAGGAUAUUCUUAUCUUUUCAAAAGCUUCAAAGAGAGCUCAGGGUGACGCAAAACUUAAGGACACGGAACGACUUCGACCAGAAGAACUGAAUCAACAAAACAUUGAAGCUUUAGUUGCUGAGAGUGAAUUGAAAAUGGAGAUUCUUCCUGUGAACGAUUUAGAUGAAGCAUUACAGAAUUUUAUCAACAAAGAUGACAGGAUGGCUUUUUAUACUUGUUUGCAAUACAACAUUGAAGAAACCCGUAAAAGUAUUUCUCGGGAUCCAGAAAACAUAAAAAGUGAAGUUGACGAUAUAAUUGUCAAAGUCGAAAACUGCUUAGAGGAGCGUGUGAAGGGAAGAUCCAGAUCCAAAGACGAUCAACUAUUUACAUCUAGUUCUCAAUCCAUAGAGAAUAUGAUAAAUAAAGCUCCUGGGGGAAUUGGGAGUGCGGUUUCUUUUAGUGAUGAUGAGGAUACCACACAACUUUACGGGUCAAAGUCAACUGGCAGAGGUAAAAAAGGGUCAUUACAACCGUUUAAAUCUGCUCGCGAUGUUUCUGCUCCUACAAGAAGAGGGGGGAGGGGGAGAGGUAGGGGAUCUAAUAGUUUAAAGCAGACAACUCUUGAUGCAACUUUCAUGUCCCGUCGCUCUGAGAGAUCAGCAUCAGUUGCUGCAUCAGCUUCAGUUCAAAGCAUGGCAGCCGAUGAAGAGAACUUAGAUUCUGAUUCAGAUGAUGAACCGGUUCAAUAUGGAAUAAAUGAGCUUCGUGACAGUUCGGAUGAUAAUGAGAGCAUGCAGCAAGGUAAGGGUAGAAAACGAGGUGCUACGAGGGGAAGAGGUAGGGGGUCCACUGCUGCUAAGAGGGGAAGAAAAUCCGACAACACGUCAUCCUCAAUUCAUCAAAUGAUGAUGAGUAAAGAUGACGAUGACGACGACGAUGAUGAUAUGCCAAAGAGAACGAACAAGACUCAACCAAGGGUGACAAGGAACUAUGGUGCCUUAAGGAGGUAGCAAGCAUAAGCAAGGGUUUGUCUUUUUGUAUGUUUUCGAUGUACAAUCUAGUUCAGGUAUUUCCAUUUUGAUAUGUAGUGAACAUGUCUAGCCAGUGUGUGUGAAUUUGUAGCGGAAAAAGACGUGAACAAUGUAAAGCUAAAGUUUGAGUUUGUUUUUGAAAGCUGUCUGCAUUUAGACAUGAAAUGCUAAUUUGCAGUGGAUGCUUUGAAUAAA